GAUUCGGUCCCAUUAUGGCGUCUCACCAAAUCAGGAUGGGCUUCUUCCGCCGCCUCCUGUGCUGGAAUUUACCGUUUAUCAAUCGCGACGGUGCAUCUGGACGUUCGGGGUGAAUCCGAAAAUAAAUGUAGGUGAGAUGAAAGACGGCGAGAACGCGGAGAGGCCGGCGCAGAAUGCUGAGGCUGGCGGAAAGGACGGCGCUGCCGUGCAGGACGGCGGCCGGGGCUGCGGGGCUGCGUGUCCGAAACAGGGGCUCAGCGAGGCGGCGGGAGAGCGCGGCGCUCUGGCAGCCCGAGGAGGCACCGGGAUACGGGUUUUAAAGCGUAACAUGAAGAGGAACGGCAGCCGUGGCUGUGUGACCAGGAAGACGCGGUUCGGCUCACGAGAGAGGGAUUGGCUCAAGGGAGAUGCCCAGCGUGGCUGUGUAUGUCUUUAUGGGCCCACAGAGCCCCAGGCACCAGUCCCAGGGCCUCAGUCCACGUCUACAGCACAGCCGGACCUUAAACUGGUCCUGUGUUCAACCAGUACCACAGUGGAAGAGCUGUGUGCUCAGCGUGACGACAAGGGCCUGUACCUGCAGCUGCAUGGAGAUCUUAUCAGGAGGCUGGACUCCUCUGAGCGCCCUCUUCAGAUGGUGUAUGACUACCUGACCACCAUGGGCUACGAUGACCCUCUGCGAGUGCAGCAAGAAGCCGCCAACUCAGACCUCAGCUGCAUGAUCCGCUUCUACAGUGAGCGUCCGGUGAAUGCAGACCAGCAAGAGCGGACUCUAUUGAAGGGUGUGUUCAGUGUGCGAAAGGGCAAGACGCAACUUCACAAAUGGGCGGAGCGGCAGGUCAUCCUUUGUGGCACGUGCCUGAUUGUGGCGUCCGUCAAAGACAGCCUGACGGGCAAGAUGCACAUCCUACCCCUAGUCGGAGGGAAGGUAGAAGAGGUGAAGAGGAGGCAGCACUGUCUAAUGUUCAGUUCUGCCGGUCCCCAGGCCCAGACUUACUACGUAAACUUCGAUACGCUGGCUGAAUACCAGCACUGGCAUCGGCAGGCUUCCAAAGUUGUCUCUCAGACCAUCAGCCUGGUGGACCUGUCUUGCUACAGUCUGGAGGAGGUGCCUGAAUACCUUUUCUACAGUCAAGACGUAACACAUCUCAACCUGCGGCACAACUUCAUGAGUCUCGAGGGUCCUGGAGGACUAUGUAACUUCGACCGGUUUGCCCAGCUGAAGAGCCUGAAUCUGUCUCACAAUCGGCUAGGUGUGUUCCCUGAGUCCGUGUCUGAGAUCCAGACCCUGUCUGAACUCAACCUCUCCUGCAAUGGGCUCAGUUCCAUUCCACCUUGCAUUGGCAACCUUCAGAGCCUCCAGACCCUCUGUCUGGAUGGGAACCACUUGAACUCUCUGCCCGAGGAGCUGGGCGGCCUGAUGCAGCUCUGCAGCCUGGGGCUCUCUUUUAACAAUUUCCCCGGCAUCCCCGCUGUGCUGGAGAGGCUUGGUGCCAUGGACAAGCUGGCAAUGGCCGGGAACCGAGUGGAGGUCCUGGAGCUUAGCAGCCUGCUGCGGAUGAGCCACAUCAAGAGCAUCGACUUACGGCUAAAUGGGCUCCACUGUGUGAAGAGCGAGACUCUGGAACCCAUAAAGCAGCUCACUCAACUGGACCUGAGGGACAACCGGCUGACUUCGAUGGACCUGAGUGCUGCCUGCAACCUUGAGACGCUGCACUGCCAGCGCAACCAGCUAGAGACACUCACACUCAGCGGCUUUGCACUGCGCACUCUUCAUGCCAGCAACAAUCGUCUGGCCACUGUAAACGUUUAUCCAGUUCCCAACCAACUAACACACAUGGACCUUUCAUGGAAUCUUCUGGAAUAUCUACCAGACUGGGUGUGCGACAGCAGAAAGAUUGAGGUGCUGGACGUUUCCCAUAAUCUGCUGUUGGAGCUGCCGGCCAGGCUACUCAGUGGCCUGAGUCUGCGGAAGCUACUGGCUGGCAGUAAUGCACUGCAGAAACUGCCCGACCUACUUGACCACAUCCCACUGGAAGCCCUUGAUCUGCAGCACAACAAGCUUGGCGAGCUCCCAGAGAGUUUCUUCUACAAGGCCUUAAACUUAAAAUACCUGAAUGUGUCAGCCAAUGCACUGGAGACAAUCCCCCCAAGUAGCCAAUCAGAGGAGAGCCUUAGCACCCUCCAGGAGCUGUACCUUACAGAGAACAACCUGAAUGAGAACUGCGCUGCCCUGUUGGUGGGACACCAGAACCUGCGGGUCUUGCACAUGGCCUAUAAUCAGCUACUGUCCUUCCCUGCAAGUAAACUGAGUAAGUUUGAGUUACUGGAGGAGCUGAAUCUGAGUGGCAACAAGCUGAAGACCAUCCCCUCUACAGUGUCCAGCUGCAAGAGGCUGCAUACCCUCAUUGCACACUCCAAUCACAUCAGUGUCUUCCCUGAGGUCCUUAACCUGCCUGAGAUUAAGCUUGUGGAUGUGAGUUGCAAUGAACUCACAGAGAUCCUGCUGCCAGACUCUCUGCCUGCCACUCUCCAAGAGCUGGAUCUGACAGGCAACAGUAGCCUCAUGCUGGAACACAAAACCCUCAAUCUGUUCAGUCACAUAACAACUCUGAAAUUGGACCAGAAGCCAUCCCUAAAUGCAGGGGACUCACAGGGCACAUCAACAUUGUGGGAUCAUGGCUAUGCUGAGAUGUGUGGCCAGAGAAACAAGUUAUGUGUAUCUGUGCUAGCAGUGGACCGUUUUGGGGACAGCAUGGAGGCUGCUUAUGGGAUCUUUGAUGGCGACCGUAAUGAGGAGGUUCCUCGUCUGCUCCAGUGCACCAUGGGGGAUGUGCUCUCUGAAGAGAUUCAGCACAGCUGUGUGGACAGUGUGUACAUGUGCAACACUUUCCUCACCUCACACAGAAAGCUGGGGAUGGCCGGACAGAAACUGGGGGCAUCAGCUCUACUCUGCUACGUUCAUCACGAGUCCUCAGAGCCGGGCAGCUACUUCGGCUUGACUGUCGCCAACGUGGGCACCUGUCAGGCGGUGCUGUGCCGUGAUGGCCAGCCGCUGGCCCUGUCCAAGGUCUUCAGCCUGGAGCGGAGUGCCGAGGAAAUGGAACGGGUCAAAACCGCCAAGGCUAUAAUCACUGAGGAUAACAAGGUCAGUGGUGUUACAUGCUGCUCUCGCCUGCUGGGCUGCUCCUACCUGUCACCCUGGGUGUUGCCCAAACCGUGGGUGCGCACUGAGCCGCUGUGUUCACAGGAUGAGUUCCUGAUUCUCGGGAACAGGGCUCUCUUUCAGCGCCUCUCCUACCAGGAAGCAGUGAAGACUGUGCUGGCUGUCAGAGAUCCCCGAGCUGCUGCCAAAAAGCUCUGCACCCUGGCCCAGAGUUAUGGGUGCCGAGACAAUGUUGGGGCAGUGGUGGUGGCGCUACACAUAGGCGAGGACAGCUGCACCUGUGAGCCUCCGCUCACCACGAGUGAGAUCCGAGGAACACCUACACCUAUCUCUGUCCCCAUAUCUGUGCCACCUGUCGAUCCAGCUACACCUUCCUCGAGCAGUGGAAUUGCCUCAGAGUUCAACAGCGAGACGUCUGCCUCAGAGGUAGGCAGUGAGGCUGGGUCAACAGCAUCUGAUGAGCACCCCUCUUCAGGGUCGAAUGCACGACCAGAGCGCCGCUGCAGCCUGCACCCAGCAGCCACUCUCUGCAAUACUGGGGGUCCAGCUGGCAGUCUAGGACCUGGAGCUCACCCAGCUCUGUUUCAGCGCCAACCGUCCUCUGCCACCUUCUCCAGCAAUCAGUCUGACAAUGGCCUAGACAGUGAUGAUGAGGCUCCACUAGAGGGUGUUAUUUCCAACGGGAGUAAGCUAGAGGUGGAGGUGGACAUCCACUGCUGUGCUUUCCAGCUCCGAUCUGGGCCUCCUGACAGCCCCAAGGAGGCAGACCUCCGCCAUGACUCCCGAGGCUCCGAUUACAACAACAGUAAGGUGCGUCGGCAGAACAGCGUGGUGGUGUCGGCUACUAACGGCUGCCUUUUGGCUGUAUGUGGAAGAGAGAUCUCAGAUCUAAAGAAGUCUCCUUCUACUUCCAGCCUCUUUGGAAAGAAGCUCUCAAAUGGCUCUGUAGUGGCACCAGAGGACAGUCACAACAUCAUUGAGGUGGCACUAGAAGCCCCCAAGAAGAAAUCUGGUUAUUUUGCAGCACCUGCUCAGCAGGACCCUGAGGAUCAGUUAGUUGUCCCUCCAAGCCUGGAACAAGAUGUUCGCGAGCAGCUGAGGGGCCACAGUCCUGUGAUUCCAGGACCACCACCUCCCUCAACACCUCCCACAAACAGAGAUCCAAACUGGGACCACCCUCAGCCUGGUCUCCCUCCCGCUACUUUUCAACAGGAGGUCUAUGACACUGCGCUAUAAUGGAUGCUAUAGCACUGCAGCCUUUGAGCAUUUGUGUGACAUAGUGCCAUAUUGUGCAAGCAGGUGUGUGACAUCCUGCUACUUGAGGAAUAUUCCAGUUCCUGUUCAGCUGUCAUAGUGUGUGAAGCCCUGCAUGUGCUUAUGUGGUAACAUCCCACCAACCAGGACUGUCUGUGGUCUGUGGUGAAUCUGAGGAGGAGCAGACAUGUACAAUUGGAAAAGCGUAAAGCAUACACAUUUCAGGACCAAUGACACGAGGUCUUGGAGGAAAAAAAUGGGCUGUCCCAGGCUAAAAUCCAGAGCGUGAGCUAGAAUACCUCAUAAAUGACUCGCUACCUUGCCCUUUAUGUCAGAAGACAUUAGCUUAAGCAGGCUUUUAUCAUCACAGUUUCUCGUCCAUGGAAAGAUUAUAGGGGCUAACCAUGACCAAAAGGUAAGAAAAGUGCCUUUUGUAGAUGGUUGUGGCUCAAGGGGGCCCUCACUGGGUUGGUGUACUUUCAUUGUUACCCAGCAUUGCCAACAUUUUCUCUUUUCCUGUUGUGGCUGUGGUUGAUUUAACUGCUUUAUUGUAGUCUGUGAAGAUAACUAAAACAAUCUGAUGGAUCAUUGUCAGUUCCACCCUGAAACAGGAAAACAUUUCUUUAUUGGAUGGAAAAUCGUCAGACAAGUGUUCUCUUCUUCCUCUGGUUUCCUUGUUGGACUGCCGAUCAAGCAAAUGAAGCCAUGGAGUUAUGGAAACAUGGUGCAGCCUGUUUGGCUUGCGUACAGCCCUUGUACCAACUUCUGGAACAGUUUUGCACAAUGGAAGAGAACAACGCACCUCACAACACAUUCAAAGUGUGAAAGAUCCCUCUGGGCUUAUUGAAGCAAGGGCCACAGUGGACAUGCAAAGUAGUGUUGGUAACAGUGAGAUCUACAUGUCAUAUCACUGGUAUAUCCAGUUCACUGGGGAGCUAUCAUAACAGCUCAGUGGCUCAAUGCCAUUUUGACGGGGACCAGAAAAGACCUCUUUAACUCUUCUCUUUAACUGAUGAAAGUCACAAAAUGGUCUUCAUUUGUUAGGAGUACUUGAAGUGUGUCAUGAGAGACUGACUCAGAGCACCGAUCCCUAAGGCUUUGGGGAAAAAUACUGUAUAUACUGAUUGAGAAUGCCUGGGUUAUUUUUCAUCCUAUACCUGAACCGGUAAACUGAACAAACAACUAAUUGUUUAUGAAACGUGACAAAAUGGAAAAUCUUUUUUUUACCAAACAGUGUAUGAAGUAACACACAUAAUACCCAUGUCAUAUAUUGUGCAGAGUGUGUUCUGUUUGUAUACGUGUGUGUGUGUGUGUGUGUGUGUGUGUGUGUGUGUGUGUCUCAUUUCAGCACUGUCCCCUUUUUAAUUUUUUUUUUUGUAGAGUAAGACAUUAAAAUGAACUGACACAAUGAAUACCUUUCAAAUCAAGAUAAUACUAAGAUGCUGUCUUGUUAGUUAUCUGGUAUCUAGAGUGAGUGCAUUCGAGGAGCUUGGUUGAAUAGAUGAAUAGUGGAUUUGGCUGGAAUAGGCCAAUGUGCUCAUGGAUUAACGUGCCAUCUGGUGGUGAUCACUGUAAACUACAGCAUUGGUUUGAGGAAGUAUUCAAGUUAUUCUGAUUCUAGCUCACUUUAAUUGGACUUCUUUUCUAUAUUGGUAACAAAAAGACAGUAUAGAAUUAAGGUUUCGGGUCAAAUGAGGACAGUACUACUAAAGUGUAUAUAAGACACCAGAUUUUCCAGUGAGUGCACACUAUCUCUACCUGGUCUUGAGUGAACUAAGGAUAUACACUGAUCAGGCAUAACAUCAUGACCACCUCCUUGUUUCUACGCUCAUUGUCCAUUUUAUCAGCUCCGCUUACUAUAUAGGUGCACUUUGUAGUUCUACGGUUAG